AUGGUCCUUACAUCCCUCGCAACUUCAACAUCUCCUCCACCAACCCUUCGUGCCACUUGCGAAGCCGGCGAAUCCACUCGUGGACGUCGUUGGGUUUGUUGUCGAGUUAGGUUCAACUUGAGUCGUUUGGUUUUUACAGCAAAAGAAGUAGAGAAGUUCCUUAGACGACGUCAAGUAGACCGAAUCAAAACUACUACCGAAUUCUCCAUCAAUAGAGGAGCUUGGAGGGAAUGA